UGUUGGAGCUGUCCGGACUCGCUAUCGCUAUGGCUUUGGCUUUAGUUCACAUCUGUGUGCACUCAUAGUAAACAUGAUAUAACCUUAAACAUCUGUCGGCACUUAAACUCGGUAUAUACGCGUGUAUGGCCGCCAAUCAUACACUGGUAUAUAUUUUAAAUAAAAUAACUUUCGAACAAACUAAAAGUAACGUGAUAAAUAAAACGAAAAUGUAAAAAAUUACGAGGGAAAAACUAAAUCAAAAAUUUAAAUAAAUUCGCAACUAAAAACGAAGUCUAAUACGGUUAGAUUAAAAGCAAUUAUCAGCACUGGCUCAAGAUUUCUCCCGCUACUUAAAACUACAAGAAUAUGCAGCAUUGUUACUUCUAUUGCGGACCGAGAGCUCUGACGUUGGUAGUUCUCUUGCACAUCUGCCUCUCUCUACCAAAUGAAUCUUGGGCCGGUUAUUACGAAAAAAAGCUUCUGCAUAAACUACUAGAUAAUUACAAUGUGCUAGAACGCCCAGUUGCUAACGAGUCAGAUCCGCUCCAGUUAAGUUUUGGUAUUACGUUGAUGCAAAUUAUUGACGUGGAUGAGAAGAAUCAACUGCUUAUUACAAAUAUUUGGUUAAAAUUGGAAUGGAAUGAUGUUAACUUAAGGUGGAAUUCUUCGGAAUACGGAGGUGUGAAGGAUCUUAGAAUUCCACCUCAUCGACUAUGGAAACCGGACGUGCUCAUGUACAACAGUGCUGACGAGGGUUUUGACGGGACAUACCCGACCAACGUUGUUGUUCGUAACAAUGGCAGUUGUUUCUACUUGCCUCCGGGAAUAUUUAAAAGCACAUGUAAAAUCGAUAUCACCUGGUUUCCGUUCGACGAUCAACGUUGCGAGAUGAAAUUUGGCAGCUGGACUUACGACGGCUUACAGCUCGAUUUACAACUUCAGGACGAUGGGGGUGGCGACAUAAGCAAUUUUAUAACCAACGGCGAAUGGGAUUUAUUGGGUGUUCCGGGCAAAAGGAACGAGCUUUAUUACAAUUGCUGCCCGGAGCCUUACAUUGACAUCACAUUUACCAUCAUUAUCCGCCGACGAACCCUUUAUUAUUUUUUUAAUCUCAUCGUGCCGUGCGUUUUGAUCGCUUCGAUGGCGGUACUGGGUUUCACCUUGCCCCCCGAUUCCGGGGAGAAAUUGUCAUUGGGGGUGACGAUUUUACUAUCGCUGACCGUUUUCCUCAAUAUGGUGGCCGAGACGAUGCCGGCUACCUCUGAAGCCGUCCCUUUGCUAGGGACUUAUUUUAACUGCAUAAUGUUCAUGGUCGCGUCAUCUGUAGUUUCUACCAUUCUUAUUCUCAAUUAUCACCAUCGAAACGCCGACACCCACGAGAUGUCUACUUGGAUCCGAGUAGUUUUCUUAAAAUGGCUACCCAAAAUUCUGGGUAUGCAUAGACCUAGUCCGAACAACAGUGACCCGUAUUUAUCGCCACCACGGCCUUCAUCAGUAACUGCAGAAAGGAAGACAAUAAAUUUCCCUGACGUUGAACUCAAGGAAAGAUCAUCCAAGAGUCUACUCGCCAACGUUCUAGAUAUCGACGACGAUUUCAGGCAUAAUUAUCGUGGAGGAGGAACGCCAACGCCUCUACCAGCCACAUUCUUUCGAACAGUUUACAGACAUAACGAUGAGAGUAACAAUGGAGGAGGUCCUAGACUGCAGGAAUCGGGUAUUGUCUCGAAUCACACGUGCAUCAGUGCCGACUACGAACUAGGAAUGAUACUGAAAGAAAUCCGUUUCAUAACGGAUCAGCUGAGAAAAGAAGACGAAGCACACAGCAUAACUAGAGACUGGCAGUUUGCUGCCAUGGUGGUUGACAGACUGUGCCUUAUAAUAUUCACUCUAUUCACUAUUAUCGCCACAUUAGCGGUGUUAUUUUCGGCACCCCAUAUCAUCGUGUCGUAGCUGUAGCUGUCCCGUCCCUGAAUGGCUAACAAUUUUCCACCAGAAUGUGAUUUUGCUCCAGUGCGCGUAUAUCCGCUUAUCGUUCUUGCGUUGCUAUCAAACAAGUUGAACUAACUCGAAAAAAUCUGGUGGACAAUUUGCUGGAAAGUCAACGCUUACGGAGUUAAUACGGACGCAUCUAGCUACCAAAAUACCCAUUAUGGUUGGCGUAUUAAUACAUCCAAAAUUUUGGUUACGUAUCCACUCACUAGGAUAUUAACACAAUCAUUCUGUGAUAUGAAAUUAUUGGGUUAGUCAGCUUUCGUGUAUUCGGCUUAAUUUUAAAACAAAUAAUUACUAUCAAUAUCUGUGAUUGGCAGUGUUUGCAAUUAAAUCGCCGAUUUAAGCGAAAAGUUUUCAAUCUAUGAACUCGUUUCUAUUGAAUUAGAUGUGUUGCGAAGUAGCAAAUUAAAAACAAAAUGUCAAUUGCCCAAUAAAUUCGAUCAAAAACCAUUUUACGUGCCGCAUCGACAAAUGUACAUUUCGCUCAUUGAUCCCGGAGUAUUUACCGAAACACGGAGUGACGGCCGGAACGUGUGGACGGAGCUUAACAAAGCUACAUGCACGAUAAUUAAAACAAAUACAAUAGCGCGGGAUCGGGGAUUUACUACAAUUUUAUGAUAAAUGUUAUUUGUAAUACAUCGCGAAAUCCUGGGAUCGACUUUUCAAAUAGUUUCACCGAAUAAAACUGAUGAAAAGGUUUUGCGGAAAUGAAAAUUUAGAGUCAGACAAAAACAAGAAUUCCGGUUUCGGGAUAAGUUGAAUAUAAAUCAAAAUGGCGAUUUAAAAUUCUUCCUGCUCCCAACAUCGAAACCAAUAACCCGCACUGCAUAGAUAUAUACUGCAGAAACAAGAUCGGCGAAUUCAGGUCACCGGUUAGUUCACCCUUCUUUGACCUCUAAUGUAUGACUGCUUCUUUACGAUACCACUCAAAGACUAUUUAUUUUUCUUCAUGCCCGGGCAUAUCGUUUGACAUACGCGAUAUAUAUUUUUUAAAACUAGCGCAGAUUUUUUCUAAUGGUCGUUAGUUUUGACAAAAAAGCAACGCAAUGUGGAAAAAUCCGUGGAAUCGAUAUAAAUCUAAAACCGUUUGUUACUUUGAAACUGCCUUUUUUAAUUUUUUCGUACUCCGAUCAUGAAAAUGCAUUUUUCUUUGUGGGAUUCGUAAAAGUAAUGAACAAAGCGAUUUGACAUUUUGCCGUAACCUAUUAGCCCGUGAGAGUGACGGGUCAUUGGGAAUUCGGUAAAAUUCGAUAUCAAACGAGAAUCAAUGUCAUACACACAUGUAGCAUUCCUUUAUUGUGGGUUGGGGAUCGACAAUUGUGUUCCGACGCUCAUAAUCAGUUACAGAAUGGAAUUUCCGCUGACCACAAACAUUAACAUCAGGUUUUGCUCGAUCAAUUCGAAUAAUUCUUUUCGUUUCGGUAAAUAUACCGUAUCAAUAAGCGGAUGAUAUUUAAUUAGGGAUAUAUAGAAGAACACGAAACGCAUCGCACAGGGAAAUGGCAAUACUCUGGAGUAUAUCAACACACCUAACGUUGCUAUUAAAAUAGUUCGUUUGGUUUAAGAAACCGCGCAUUUUUUGGUACGUUUACGCCCACACCUUUGCCCGCCAAUUUCCAGUGUUGUCGCAUAAUUUGAUUUCGUUCCGCAUUUUCAAAACAUUGCCAUUAACUUUUUGAAUAUUAUGUAAAUUACACUAUCGGUUGUUUCACAUUUGUACAUUGUCAAUCGAUAAAUUUGUCCUCGACGUUCACUUUUAGUCGCUCUAUAGAUACACGGUGGACGAAUUUGUCGAGAUGCUGUAUAAAUGGACAUUCUGUACAUAAACAAGCAAUAGCUGAAAUUGCUAAGCAAGUUUAGAGCAAAAAAUAAAUUGUAUUUAUAUAACUAGUUAUAUCAUGUCUCAUGUAUUUAAAAUAAAAAAAAAUUGUUAAAUUCUAUUACACAAAUUUUAAAUAUAGUUUAUAGGGCUAGUAUUUUAUAGAACUGUUAUAAACUACACUAUAGACGUUCUAUUAUUUCCGACUUUAUUUGCGAGUCAAACAACCUGCUGCCAUUUUGUGGCGGCGGCUUCUAUCAUUUGGCCCCCGUGGGUCAUUAAACAGACUGCUGCUCAAAAGUAAUAGGUUAGUCCAUCGACUAAGUCAAUGGGAUAGUCUGAUGUUACUAGCUUUUAAUAAAGUUUGUUAAAUAUGUAAAUAUGAUAAUAAUUAAACAUGGUUUAAAGAAUUGACGUGAACCAGUGCAAAUAACAACUUUGGUAGGUCAUUGAAAUUAUAUACUAUGGACAGACCCGAAUUUUUUACAAAAUCAACAUUGAGGUUUGGUUAAUGCUGCUCCGCUGCAGAGAAAAUUGCGUGCAAUCUUUAGUAACAAUCUUUUUCCAAAUAUUACAUAAUUAUUUAUUACGUACAACGUACAAAGAAUAGGAAUAUAACUGGGAUAAAAGGAAUCGCGAACAAAGAAAUCUUCCCUUACAUUCGGGCUUGAGAUUAAUGAAGCGGUCACCGUGAAAUGUACGAUUUUAAUUCGAGGUCAGUUAAGGGCGUAAAGGGGUGUAAAUGUAAUAUAAAUAGGAAAUUCAGUCAGCUAAGUAACCGCAUAUUCCUAAAUUCCUCAAAAUGGGAAAGAAAAAAAUCUACUUAAACGAAAAUACCACAGAGGGGCAGCUAGCUCGAACAACAUAAAUUAAAUGUUAUUCGCACUGGCUUCUAAAAAAAUAAUAUAAUAAAUAAAAGUAACACGUUAGCAGUAGAAUUUAGAUAUCUUAAUAAUGGAACGUAACACAAUACUACUCUUGUGUGAUCUAUCUCUCUUAACAACUUAUGUGAUGAACCCGGAAGAAAGAAGUCAAAUGUAAAAUGAACUUUUCCAAAAGGUAAUCUUGUUCGAUUGUUAUUUAAAAUAAGAAAAUUUCCAUCGCGUUAUUUCUAUGAGGAAUGUGACAAUCCGUUUUGUCAUUAAAUAGGUAAAAUUAAAUUAAAAAACUCGGUUAGGUUGCAAUGGAGUUUGUUUUACCAUUUAGUAUUUAGUUCGGUCAUCUGUAGCAUCCCAGUCCCAGUGUAAUACCGCUGUUUUGUAUUAUAAGCUGUUG